AUGGCGACCAUGCAGGAAAUCUUCAAAGGCUUUGAGGAGCGUCAGGCCAAACUUGUUGAAGACGGGUUGAAGAACCCACUUGCCCAUGGUGCCGCUCUUAUUGAUGGCCAGAUCACACCUCUCCUAGACGCCAAGAUUCCUAUCCUUGAUCAAGGUUUCCUCCACAGCGAUCUCACCUACGAUGUCCCAGCUGUAUGGGAUGGAAAGCUCUUUCGAUUCAAUGACCACCUUGACCGGCUGGAGAAGAGCUGUGCUAAGCUGAGGCUCAAGCCCCCGAUGUCCCGGAACGAGAUUGAACAGGCCACUAUAAACUUGAUCUCAAAGAGCGGCAUCCGGGACGCCUAUGUUCAGAUCAUUGUCACCCGCGGCUUCCGUUUCAUCCGAGAACCUCUGCCGACCAAUGAUACACCAGAGAAUCAUCCCAUCUACAUUCUAGUCAUGCCCUAUAUCUGGGUAAUGCCCUAUCAAAUGCAGCCGGCUGGUGGAGAGGCCGUCGUCACCCGCACUGUUCGUCGGAUUCCACCGGGUGCAAUUGACCCAACUGUCAAGAACUUGCAGUGGGGUGAUUUGAUCAGGGGCCUCUUAGAAGCUCAGGAUCGCGGCUCGCAAUAUCCAUUCCUGACUGAUGGUGAUGGAAACAUCACCGAGGGGGCAGGGUAUAAUAUUGUGUUCGUUAAAGAUGGAGCUCUGUAUACAGCCAAAAAGGGUGUUCUGGAAGGUAUUACGCGGAAGUCAGUGUUCGACAUCGCCAAGAAGGCUAAAAUUGAGGUCUAUCUUGACGAUGUUUCUGCUAGCUUGGCGUAUGUAUGUGAUGAGAUCUUUAUGUGCACUACGGCUGGUGGUAUUAUGCCAAUCACAAAGCUCGAUGGCGAGUCCAAGGGAGAGGUUGGACCUAUCACAAAGUUGAUCUGGGAUGGAUAUUGGGCAAUGCAUUAUGACUCAAAGUACACGACCAAAAUUAGUUACGAGUAA